AUGGUCAAUGGAGCUCGCGAUCGGCAAUUUCAUCCUUGUCCAGGUCUAAGGGGAGCUAGAAAUAAGAAACGACUAGCUCAGACAACUCCAGACGAAUGGACUGAAGAUCCAUAUUUUGUACGUCACUUGUUGGCUCUCGCGCAGCUUCAAGAGCGCAACCUCAAUCCAUCAAAACCAAUCACUUACACCUCGCGUCUUCUCGUUACCAAUGUAUCAGAACGGGAAUGUAUCAUAUUAUAUGAAGCCAAAAUUACUACUGAGCUCCUAAAUGGGUUGAGAAAUUGGAUGGAUGCAACAAUCCCCGUUCAAUGGCCCAUAAUUCAGCCGAAAAGAAUAUCAUAUAAGCCAUAUGAUACAUUUGCUAGCCGACUCAAAGCUGAUAUAGGGGAAAUGGAAAUCAGCCCUUGUCACUGUCUUUCAAAUACAUCAGAUAAUGUGGAUGAUGUUGAUGAGCACAGUACGAAACGCUCAUACAAAUCAGAAGAUAGAGGGUCAUCUAAGAUGAGAAAGAUUUGA